AUGACUUCCGAACAGCACCCUGCCAUCGACAGUGUGCAGCCUUCUGAUGUUCCUGACGUGAGUCGCAGCCCUCCAGAAGCGAAUAUGGACAAAACAGAUAUGCUAGAGGACUUGGCGGAGAGAGUAGCUGGAAUGGCUUCUGUUUUUGCUGAGGCUAAUGUUGCUAGAGAGAAGGAACGAGAAGCUCUACGUGAGAAACAUGUCCAGGUCCUCACGUGCAUUGAAGAAACGAAAAAUGACGUUGUUGCGGAGACAACGCGGCUGAGGAAAACGAUCGAUUCGUAUGAGGCGAAAAGUGAGCACGAUCUGAAACGACUCGAGCAGGAAAUGAGAACUUUGUUGGAGACCAAGCAUUCGGAGGCGAUGGCGCGCAUUGGGGAACUCGAGGAGAGAGCAGCAGAGGUGGAGAAGGCUCUGGUGGAAGAGAUAGAGAACAGGAAGCGCCAUACUGAGAGCGUUUUGGGAAUGCUGCAACAGAAGGUCAGUGGGGAGGAGGAUGGUCGUUGUUAA